AUGGCCUCUCCAGUGACUGCGGAACAUCCUCCGAUCCCCUCUCCCCCACCGGCGUAUUUGCGGUCAACGCCGCCCUUUCCCUCCGCCUCGCCCGGGGCGACUCCCCGCACGAUCCCUUCGCAUCUCUCACCUACUCCAUUCACUCGCAAACCUCUUGCAGUGGGCACUCAAAACUCAGAGUCAGCAGCCCGGAUUCAAGCCUCGCCGUCCUCGCCAGUGCGCAUCGACCGUGCUUACAAGAAUAUCCCUCAAGCGUCUUCGGUUCAGGUCGAGGACUUUCACAAUGUGCCUGCUCCCUCGCAACUUCAGAUGCCGCAACUGGCCAACCUUUCGAUCAACGAUGGUCCGAGUCAAUCGUCUCAGCAGGUGGAACGACGAGAAUCGGUUCAAGUCCCGCAGUUGACAUCACCGCACUCGCACUCUCACACUCCCGGCAGCAGUGGUUCAUGGUCCAUGGUCGACGAGCAGGUCAACUCCGUUGGCCAAGGGGACGACAAGCGCAAGGUCGCACAUGAGAAUGAACGAGCGAGUCCUACCGACUCAUCCCACGGAAGCAUAGAGAGCGGUCCGCAAAGUCCAGAGGAUUAUCAGCCUCUGGCUUAUCAUCAUCAACGGCAGAAGCAACAGCAGAAUCCACCCAAUGUGCGGCAUUCCACCAUGGGAAUUAAUCUUGGGGACCAGAAUGCCGGAUCCUCUAAUAACCUGGCGGUUCACGGGACCCGAAAUGCACAGCGUCAGUCCCAAUACUCCACGACUUCCGAAUCGGGAGUCGGGCAGCAUCGCCGCAAUCUCUCCGCAUCACCAUAUCUGCAACCCCGAUCCACAUCACGAAACUCUCCAGCGUCAGCCGAUACCCGACCCCUAUCCGUACUAGACCUUCUUCACAGCUCUUAUCCUCAACCAGGCCCUAGCGCGGCGCACCUCGAUCACUCCCACCUGCAAUCAUCGGUGGGGAACCACGCCUCUCUGCUGAGUCAUGAGAAGACCUUCGAUAUGUACCUGGCCAAUGUCAAGAAAACGGACGUACCGGCCGUCCAGUACGAAUUCGCGGUGUUCAUGAUCAAUGCGAUGCGCGAGAUGCCCAACGUCGACCUGGAGGAUUCCAACGCCAUCACCCGCCAGCGGUUGCUUCGCGAGUCCAAGACCAUCCUGCAGCGUCUAGCGGACCGCAGCUACCCAUUUGCGCAAUACUACCUUGCCGAUGGCUAUGCGUCGGGCUUGUUCAGUAAAGGCAAGGAAGACUAUGAGCGCGCGUUCCCCAACUUCCUGGCAGCGAGCAAGCAUGGCCACGUGGAGGCAUGCUAUCGUACGGCUCUCUGCUACGAGUUUGGUUGGGGUGUGCGUGUGGAUGGCGGUCGUGCCGUGCAGUUCUAUCGUCAAGCGGCGUCGAAGAAUCACCCCGGGGCAAUGCUGCGUAUGGCCAAAGCCUGCUUGAACGGGGACAUGGGUCUGGGCAAACGAUAUCGUGACGGCCUGACGUGGCUGAAGCGAGCGACAGAGUCAUCAGAUGAGCAGUACAACUCGGCCCCUUAUGAGCUUGGACUGAUGCACGAGCACGGCGAUGGAAAUGACGUCUUCAAAGAUGAGUCAUACGCUGCGCAGCUCUUCACCAAAUCCGCGGAGCUGGGUCACGUCGAAGCUGCGUACCGCAUGGGUGAUGCUUACGAGCAUGGGAAACUCAACUGUCCGCGAGAUCCUGCUCUUAGUAUCCACUUCUACACCACUGCUGCGCAAAGCGGACACCAUGCCCUGGCCAUGAUGGCGUUGUGUGCAUGGUAUCUCGUGGGGGCUGAGCCGAUCCUUGAAAAGGAUGAAAAUGAAGCGUAUGAAUGGGCCACGCGAGCCGCUGCCCUUGGCCUCGUCAAAGCGCAGUAUGCCGUGGGCUACUUUACCGAAAUGGGCAUCGGUUGCCGACGUGAUCCGCUUGAAGCUAACGUCUGGUACGUCCGAGCCGCGGAGCAAGGCGAUGAGCGCGCAAAGCAACGGAUUGCUGCGAUUCGGGCAGCUGCGGACGGUGCGAAUCCCGCGACGGCUGCUCGAGGCGGCGGCAAAUCACGGGGAGGUGGUAGUGGUCAUGAUAAAACCAAACAGAAGCGCUUUGUCAUCUUCUAA